AGCAAGUCGAACCGACUCGAGUUUCAUUCCAUCUCCGAAGAUGGCCUCUCCCUACGGCAUUCGAGUUCUCUAUACGGCCGUGUACGAAUGCUACAGAAGAUUCGACCGCCGACAUCCACCACCGAUCACCUUUUCGUAGGCACCGAUAGGUACAUGUACUUUGUGCUGUCAUGGAAUGCAGAGACACAGCAGCUUCAAACCGAAAAGAGCUUUGAGGAUCUAGCAGAGAAGGGAGCUCGUGAUAGUCAGUUUGGCGAUCGAUGUCAUAUCAACCCGAGCGGAGAAUUUAUGACAUUGGAGCUGUACGAAGGCAUGAUCACCGUCUUGCCCAUCGUACCACCGAAGAAGGGCAUUGCCGAAUCCGAAAUCGGGACGCUCGGUGAAGCAAUACAAUGCAGAAUACCGGAAAUGAGCGUUUGUUCGUCAACAUUUCUAUAUACUGCACGACAGGGUCCGAAAAAUCCACCGAAACUCGCCAUGCUCUACGAAGACCUGCAAGAGGACCGUAAGGUCGUGGUCAAGAACCUAUGGUAUACACCCGCCUUGGGUAGAGACGACGUGGGGUCGGUCGAAUGCAACUUUGGAGAUAAUGAGGCGCAACCGGCUCAUUAUUACGAUCGAGUGGAGAGUAGACCCCGGGUGGAACCACAAUCCAGUCACCUUCUACCGGUUUCCCUUCCCCCCUAUGGGAUGCUGGUGCUCGGGCAGGCUUCCAUCACCUGGAUCAACGAUACGAACAUGCACUCCGAAACCGAACCUUUAGUGGAACCGACCAUAUGGCUCAGCUGGGAGCAAAUCGAUUCACAACGCUAUAUUUUGGCAGACGAGUAUGGGCGAAUGUACAUGCUCAUGCUCCUGGUACAAUCCGACUCGAUUUCCUGGAAGUUGGAGAAGAUUGGUCAAACCAGCCGAGCAUCCACUUUGGUGUAUCUCGACUCUGGUUUAUUGUUCAUCGGAUCGCACGAAGGCGACUCUCAAGUGAUCCAGAUUCUAGAAGGAUCCAUCCAGGUGGUCCAAACCUUUGCCAAUAUCGCCCCGGUUCUCGAUUUCCAGAUUAUGGAUCUAGGGAACCGUGCCGAAGGUCAGAUGAACGAAUUCUCCUCUGGUCAAGCACGUCUUGUGGCUGGAAGUGGUGCAUGGAAUGGUGGGAAGCUCUGCAGUGUUCGAAGUGGAGUCGGGAUGGAAGAUCUUGCCGUCCUCCCGGAUGUUGAUCAGCCCACCGCCGUCUUUGCACUCAAAUCUAAGCUUGGAGAGUAUGUGGAUACCCUCCUAAUCACUUACUUGACGGAGAGCCGCGUGUUCUUUUUCGAGGAUGAUGGGGAAGUCAGUGAAGGAGACGAUUUCAAGGGCCUUGAGCUUUCUACCGCCACCCUCCUUGCUCGAAAUGUCGGUGACCGGAUUAUACAAGUCACGAACGACUCCAUCCGGAUCAACGAUAUUGAUAGUGGUAUGGUCACCUCGACAUGGGCUCCUCCGGAGAAUAAAAAGAUCAUUGCUACCUCGGCCAACGAUACUCACAUUGCCGUCUCGGUAUCGGGAACCACUCUCUAUAUUUUUUCCAUCGACACGCUCUCCAUCCAGAGUCAGAAAGAAUUCCCUCCCGAGUCACAGAUUGCGUGCCUAUCUCUCUCUCCUCUCCUUCCUGACAUUAUUUGUCUUGGGUUCUGGGGAACUGGGUGCCUAUCAAUCCUUCGGACGAGAGAUCUAUCCCCUGUGAAAGUCAUCCCUCUAGAAGAUCGAGUCGUGGAUACUUCUCCGAUUCCACGAUCCGUGCUCAUUGCGAAACUUGGACCGUCUCAUGACCCGACGCUCUUUGUGUCCUUGAGCUCCGGUUUGGUCAUUUCGUAUUCCAUUUCCAUCGUAUGCGAUUUCACAAAUCGAAAGUCCGUCAUACUCGGUACUCAAGCAGCGUCUUUUACUUCAAUCCAAAGACGAUUACGAGGGGAGUCGUCAGUUGAAAGCGUGUUCGCAUUGGCAGAUCAGCCUUCCCUUAUCUAUGCAGAGUUGGAUGAAAGUUCGAGGCAGUCCGAACCCCGACUUAUAUUCAGUGCAGUCACAGCAUCCACUGCGAGCGCGAUCACUCCGUUUAAUUGCGCGGCAUAUCCUUCCGCUGUUGCCAUCGCGACCGAUGGAGAAGUUCGGAUUUCUCUUGUUGAAUCAUCACGAUCAACCCAUGUGCAAUCACUUCGAAUUUCCGAAACCGUUCGUCGGGUCGGUUAUUGUUCGGAUCGAAGGCUAUUCGCCAUUGGCAUCAUUGGUCGACAGAUCGUGGAGAAUGUCGAAGAGAUGAGCAGUCGAAUCGCUCUUGUCGAUGAUUCCCUAUUCAAUGAGCUCGACUCGUUCAAACUUAAGGGCGAGGAACUGGUCGAAUCCGUGACAUGGGCGACCCUUCCGGACGGAGGAUCUGGAGAACAAGAGUUCUGCUUCGUCGGGACUAGCUUCCUUGAGAAUGAUCCCAACAAUGAAGAUUCUCGUGGAAGAAUCAUUGUCUUGGAAUGUACACAGGAUCGAGUCUUCAAAAAGGUCGCCGAAGUAGCACUGCGAGCACCAUGCCGAUGUCUAGUCGCCUGGCAUAACGGGGUAGCAGCUGGUCUACUCAAGGCGGUGACUCUCUUCAAUCUUCAAUAUAGCAGCGAAGGUCGACCGAAGCUUGUGAAACAGGCAAGUUACCGUACUGCAACUGCUCCUAUAGAUAUGGCCGUCCAUAAUCGAUCCGGAAAAUUGGUUGUUGCCGAUUUGAUGAAAUCCAUUGCUGUCCUCCAGUUCAUUCCAGGAAGGGUUGGCAUGCCGGAUCGACUCGAAGAAAUCGCGAGACAUGAUCAGACUUUGUGGAGUACUGCCGUUGCUGCUGUGGGAGAGAAUCAUUGGCUAGAGGCUGAUGCAGAAGGAAAUCUGUUCCUCUUGGAACGGGAUCCAGCCACUGAAUUGGAGCUGGAGAUGAAGAAGAUCCGUAUCAGCGCAGAGAUUCGACUGGGUGAGAUGGUGAAUAAGAUCCGAUCGAUUGAUAUUGGUGAAAGGGGGGGCGUGGUGGUGCCAAAAGCUUUUGCAGCGACGGCGGACGGUUCCAUCUACCUCCUCGCCCUGAUUCAGCCCAGUAUGCAAAACCUUUUGAUGCAGCUUCAGGACAAUCUUGCAGAGCUGGUGAAGAGUCCAGGAUAUGUUCCUUUCAUGCGAUAUCGAGCAGUGAAGACUCAAGUGAGAGAGGAGGAGAGGCCCAUGAGGUUUGUUGAUGGCGAUAUGAUUGAGCGGUUCAUGGAUUGCUCUAAAGAGAUCCAACAGAAGGCAAUUCAAGGCCUUUCUGUUGAUGUCGAGACAGUGCAGGCCAUUAUAGAGACAUUGAGGAGGCUGCACUAG